AGUCGAAGGACCGAUAGGUUUUCCCUGCAUGAAAUCGAGACAGCCGGUAUACUUGUAAACUUUCGCAACAUAAUUGAAGCGAAUCACUGCAAAAAUAAUUCUCGACGAUGGAUUUCGAGAUAAAAACUGAACAGGAGCUUCACGAUAUUACGAUAUUGACCUUCCAGAAUGUCAUCGACAUGUCCGUGGUACUCAAAGAGCUCUCCAUGAGCGCCAAGAAUUAUCUCAAAUCGCUACAAAAUGUUCGACAGGCAGCGACUUCGUUCUACGAUUCCUUGUCCAAGGUAUCACACAUGGCUGGGCAGUCGAAAGGAACUGCGCGUUCCCUCGGACCCAUCAUUGCUGAUCUGGUAAUUGUCAAGAGGGAGGAGGAAACUAGACAAAGUGAUGUGCUGAAAUACCUGCAGAAUGAUUUAAUAGCUCCAUUAGACAUCCUGGGGGAUUCAGGUGUUCAGGAGGUGAAAUCUUUGCAGAAAAGUUACAUUCAAGAGAACAAAAGUAAGAUGGAGCUUUUAGAAAGAGCAAAAGGGGAACUGUUGAGAGUUAGGAAAAAAAGUCAAAGAAAUAAACCAACAGAGAAAUAUGAAGAGAAAGAAAAACAGUGUGAGCAAAGAUUGGAGUCAUGCCAAAAAGGACUUAGAGAAUUUAGACUUGCAGGCUGCAGAAAGGCAAUUAAAGAAGAAUGGAAUAGAUAUUGCUUCGUAUUUGACAGAUGCAGUAUUGCUUCCAGAAUUACCAUGGAAUCUUGCGAACAAAGUGCACAGAUACUACGAGGAAAGCUGCCAGUUUGGUUUUCACUCAUAAAAAAGGAUGACUCUGUGUCAAAGGUGAAUGGUUCCAUAUCAAGUGCAGAAAUUAAAAAGGAUGGAAUUAAAAGCGAAAAACUAAAGCUGAGGGCAAAUUUUGCACACACAGCAGCAGAAAAUUCACAGCUUAGUUUCAAAGAGGGUGAUUUAAUAAAUCCAAUCAGUGAAGUUGUUUCAGGAUGGCAAUAUGGAGAAAACUUAAAAACAAACAAGUCUGGCUGGUUCCCAGCUGCUUUCACAGAGGAGGUUAUAGGUGUAAUGACUGGUCCUUCAGUGAGUCAUACAUUACCUGCCAGUGGAAUUCAUCCACGUCCUACACUAGAUUCCAGUGCUGGCCACAAGUCAUUGAAGCGUUAUUCAAGUGCUGGACCAGAUGCAUCAUACUAUCCUCCUCCAGACUAUGUGGAGGAGGACAACAAAGCAGAAAUAAACAGCCUAUCAUCCACGAACACCCCUGGUCUGUCAGGUCCAAUUGACAACAGUAGUGCUGC